AUAAUGAGUCAUGUGAAAUCAGGUUUAUAAUAUCGUGUCUAUAACCAUUUGUACCAAACUUGUUCAAGUGUAGCAAUGUUGUUCAGUUUAGUGGUUUAUUUGUUAUGUUUUAAAACAUCAUGGAUAGAAUCAGCUCGAAUACUAGCGAUGUUUCCGACACCAUCGAUCAGUCAUCAAGUUGUAUUCCGUCCUCUGACGCAAGAGCUGGCAAAACGAGGUCACGAAGUCACAGUUAUCACACCAGACCCCGCAUUUCCUAAAGGACAAGCGCCUAAGAAUCUCACAGAAAUCGACGUUCAUGAUAUUUCGUACACCAAAUGGAGGAAUAUAAUGUCGGGAAUAGAUAACAUUCCAAGAGAUCCAAUAGAGCAAGUUAAGGUAAUCAUAGAUUCAGCUUUUGCUGUAUUUGAAGAUCAAGUGAAAAGUGAAAGUGUUCAAGAAAUACUGAAAUACAAAGAAGAUUAUUUCGACUUGAUACUUGUAGAGGCAUGUAUAAGACCUACUCUCGGGUUAUCUUAUGUUUUCAAAGCUCCAGUUAUUCAAGUAAGUUCGUUUGGUGCUGUGAUGAACAAUCAUGAUAUAAUGGGUUCAGCAAUACAUCCAAUUUUAUACCCAAAUCUGGCUAGAGAAAGAUUAUAUAAUUUAACUAUGUGGGAAAAAAUAACACAGUUAAUAAAUGAGUACAAAACAAUAAUGUACUCGAUUAACAAAGACUACGAUAAUCAAAUAUUGAAGAGAUUGUUUGGCAAUAACGCACCACCCAUUGAUGAAUUAUAUGACAAUGUUGCGAUGUUAUUUUUAAACUUUCAUCCUAUUUGGGAUAGUAAUCGUCCUGUGCCUCCAGGAGUUAUCUACUUAGGAGGACUGCAUCAGAAUCCACAAAAAGAACUACCCAAGGAUCUAAAAUCGUACUUAGACUCAUCCAAAAACGGUGUUGUUUACUUCAGUUUAGGAACAAACGUCAAACCAUCAAAUCUACCAGCUGAGAAGCUACAAGCUAUAGUUAAAGUGUUGUCGCGAUUUCCAUAUGAUGUUUUGUGGAAAUGGGACAAUGAUGAAUUACCAGGACGAUCGAGUAAUAUAAAAAUAUCAAAAUGGCUGCCCCAAUCAGACUUAUUACGGCAUCCUAAAAUAAAACUAUUCAUAACUCAAGGUGGUCUGCAAUCAACAGACGAGGCGAUAACUGCUGGAGUACCGCUGAUUGGUAUACCAAUGCUAGGUGACCAGUGGUAUAACGUUGAGAAAUACGUUCACCACAAAAUUGGUCUUAUGGUUAACAUAGACACAUUGACGGAGAAAAUUUUUGAAAAUGCUAUAAAAACUAUUCUCAACGACAACAGCUAUCGUGAGAACAUAGUGCGACUGCGCAGUAUAAUGAGUGACCAGCCACAGAGUCCGCUAGAGCGCGCUGUGUGGUGGACAGAGCACGUGCUGCGUCACGGCGGCGCGCGUCACUUGAGGAGUCCGGCCGCCAACAUUUCGUGGUCUCAAUAUUUAGAAUUAGAACUUGUGUUCGUUUUGUUUGCAUUAUUAGUCCUCUCUUUAUUUGUUUUUAUUAUUACUAUUAAGGUGAUUUGUAGUUUUGUAUUUCAAAAGUUACUAGCAAAUAAGAUAAAAAAAGCUUAAAUAUUUUAUUUCGAUUUGUUGGACGUAAAUUUUAUAAAUGGUGUCAACAAAACAAUUUUCUAUUUCAUCAAUAGAAUAGGAAAUACGUCAUGAUCAAUGAAAUAAAA